AUGCGUUUCCCAUCCUCCCUCGGCCUCUCCGUGGCCCUCGCGGCCUCCCUCUACAGCAGCCUCGCUGCAGCAGACACGUACGAUGGCGGCUGCAAGGGCGACAAUCCAGUCAAACUGCGCAUCGGCAACGGAGGCGCCGGCCAAAGCGGUCUCGUAAAAGAACUAGCCACGCACUUCAUCAAAAACCAAACCAACAACUGCCAAGACAGCAGUAAAGCCUUCAGCGUCGAAUGGGUAAAGGGCGACACGACAGAGACCAUCAACAACCUGAAAACCAAGAAGGUCGACGUAGGGAUCACAUACCACAAGACGGCGGAGCAGAUCGCGAUCCACAACGGGUUCGCCUCGGGCUGCAAAUACAAGGACGAGAACAGCACGACGCCAUGCUUUGGCGACGACUGCGCGGACCACGAGGAGCGGCCGUGCUACGCCUUCCGCGAUCACUUCUACCUGGCCGGGCCCAAGAACAACACCGCCGGUAUCCAGGACGAGGAUGAUAUCACGGAGACGUUCUCAAAGCUAUACAAUGCGGCGGAGAACGGCACCGCACGCUUCUUGAGUCGGUUUGAUAAGUCGGCGACGAAUAUUAAAGAUUCGGAGCUGUGGAUUGCUAUUGGGCAGGUUCCUUGGGCCAUCGCCUACUCCAAAUGGUACCACCAGUAUAUGGACUACCCGAUCCAGGCCUUGACUGCCGCCAUCAAGCUCGGGGAAUACACAGUCACCGAUCGUGGGACGUACCUCACGCUCAGCAACACGGACAAGGAUCUUGCGGACCAGCUCGAGAUCUACAAGCGCGGCGAUGAGUACGAGGAGCUGCUCAACCCAGCCGAUAUCAUCACCUCCAAGGACUCGGAUAACAAGGAACUGGCGCGGGACUUUGUGCAAUGGGUCCUCAGUGGCGACGGCCAGGAUGCGAUUGCAAACUUCCACAAGGAGGAUGGAUACUGUCUGUACAAGGGAUUCCCAACCAAUGAUGGUGAGGAUGUUGAGGCUUCGGACUGCAAGUGGGAACUGAGCUAG